AUGGGACUCCCAGGUUGGAUGCGGCGCUGCGAGAUCUACGCGAUCUGCAUGGUAUGGCCUAUUGCCACCAUUGUGGGGCUCGUAGGCACCUAUCGUCUCUUCAUCUGGAGCUACGGCGGCCGCGAAUGCUUCCGCUACGUUGUCAUUCAGGAGCCUUUUAAGGAGGAGUGGUAUCAGGCGAACCCCAAGUCGACGCUUGGAAUGGAUACGCCUCUCUCGCACGUGCCGAAGUACCUGGAGACGCCGGGCUACACCGUCGACGGGGAUACCGAUGAUCACCCACACCACCGUAACUUUUAA